CUCAGUUGUGCGCGUUUCACUCUGUUGCAUCGAAAAAUUCAUCACACUACAUUUCGAAUAUGAAACGGCCAUUUUUGUUAGUCUUAUUUGCUGUGCUGGCUACCUCUCCGUUACUGUACUCCCAUGUCAUAACUGAUUGUGGCGGAUCUUACGUUGCAUUCAGUGAACAAUCAAGGGGCAGUGCUGAUAUAACACAAGUCCCUGGAGGAUCAAUUCAAUUGUUCAUAACGGCCGUGUGCAUACAACCACUACCUGUGGGCGUGGUGCUCACUAAACUUAUCAGACGGGAGGCGGAUGAUGUCAUCGUUCCGUGUCUCGAUGGCUUUGCGGGAAGUUGCCAAGUUGAUCUGUGUGAUUUCAUGAUCCAUCAUCCAGAAUUGAUCUCGAUUCCAGUGGCCGGGUGCCCGAUUCCUCCGGCCAACUAUAUUUUUAAUAGUAACCUGAUUUUUAACGAACUUUGGCUGGCUGUUAAUGGAAACCUGCAGAACGCCACGUACAACAUGCGAUAUGAACUAAAAGUAGAGCAAGAAGUUGUCGGCUGUUUUACCGUACCAAUCAUCCUCACAACUGGUGGCAUUUAAAGACACUUGUGAUCGUAGAUGUUUUCAUUGAAACAUUGUACGCAAUUAAAUUGUAAUUACACUAUCUGUUUUCAUUCUUA